AUGGCACAUGCGUUUUUAAAUCUACUACAGGAUUAUACGGCGAACCCGAAAAAGUUGAAAACCUUGUCUUUGUGUCAGUGUGCUUGGGUGGGCGCUGGGUGUGCGUGUGUGUGGAGAGAGGCAAAUGAAAAGACAUUUGUCUGCACAUGCACAUACACUGUGUUUAUGUGCGUCCAAUUCCGCAAGAGACAUUACUUCGAAGCUUCGGAGCACAUGGCUCUGUUGUUGUCUGCUCGUGUCUGGAUUUCGGCGGUGGUACGGCUCGUUUUGCCUUUUUCGAGAUGGACAGACGGCACACAGACCGCUGUACGUGCUUCGCUACACAAUUCAUACGGUUCCGUGAGUCGCCCUCCGCAGACGAAAGAUGGGGAAGAAACGAGAUUCAGAAACGCAGAGCUCUUCUUUCAUCAGUGGAAAGAUGUGCACAUCGACCCACCCAUGCGUGCCAGCAGAAAAUCCAUUGCAUUCUGGGUGGUUUGCGUAAAGAGAGGUUUUGACAAAAACAGAGGGAAAGAAAGAGGCAUUCCACACUUUGUGCUCUCCUUCAGAGAGACACAGACACACUGGAUGGGACUGAACCUCCGGCUAUACUACUUCUUUUCACGACGCCAGAAACCGAGAAAAGCGGAAGCACACGGACGAAAAGCUACAUCCCCUCUUCUUCUGUCUGCAGGAAGAACACUCCGGCGCGGUAGCACCUGA